CCUCCUUUUUCUUCGAUCUCUUCUGUUCUUGUGAUCUUUUUGAGAAACGGGAUCAUUUCGUUUUUGAAUUACUCAUCGCUCGUCUUGAAUCACAUUUCUUUUUAGUUACCCAUAACUUUCUUUUGUUCCCGUGGUAUGUGUUAAAUUUCCAUGCGUUGCUUGGAGUAGCUCUUGCAAUUAAGGUAGUAAAAAGUGUCCUCCUCCUUAGAUUUCCUCACCUCUGUCGGCCUUCCCAGAAUUACUUCUUUUCUUUUGGCAUCGCUCAUAACUCUUCCUGCAGUUGUAACCCAGCGCUCUCAUCUUCUCUCUCUCUCUCUCUCUCUCUCUCUUUUCUUUCUUUUCUUUUUCCUUUUUUGGUACGUUGCCUAUUAGUGAUGCAAAACCGCUGUGUUAUCCAAAAUAUUUCUUUUUCUGUGGAUUUUCUAUUUACUGUUUUCAGUUUUAACAGCACUAGCUAAAAAAAAAAAAAUCCAAUUUUUAUUUUUUAGCUUCUUCAAAUUUUUACCACAUCUACGAGAUGGGUUAUCUUCUUUGGCAUUGCUCCUUGCUGCUCCUGGCUUUGAUUCCACUAUCCUUGGGUUUGACCUCCGAUGGAAUAGCCCUCCUGGCCCUCACCAAAAGCCUGAUCUUACCACACUCCAUAAAUUCCACCUGGAAAUCUUCUGAUCCAACUCCAUGCAAAUGGGUGGGAAUAAGUUGCGACAGAAGGCGCCAUGUGGUGUCUCUCGAUCUUGCAGAGAGAGGGAUUUCAGGCAGAUUGCGACCAGAGAUAGGACUGCUGCGAAAUCUGCGAAGGAUUGAUCUCGGUAUCAAUGCUCUCUCUGGACUGAUCCCACCAGACUUGGGCAAUUGCACCCUCGUGGAGCACUUGGACCUCUCAAUUAACUUCCUUUCUGGUGAGAUACCGGAGACCCUCCAGAACUUGAAGAAGUUGUCUUAUCUAUCCCUUUAUGGAAAUUUCCUUACUGGAAAAAUACCAGAUCCUCUGUUUCGAAUUUACCAUCUGGAAACAGUUUAUCUCAGUCAAAACAAUCUCACUGGCUCGAUUCCUCGUACUGUUGGAAAUAUGAGCAGGGUCAAGGACCUUUGGCUGAGUGACAAUCUGUUGUCUGGUGUCUUGCCUGAUUCAAUUGGAAACUGUACCAAGUUAGAACAGCUCUAUCUGUUUGAUAACCGGCUGACUGGUCCUCUCCCAGAAACUUUAAAUAGCAUCAGAGGGCUUAAAUUUUUGGAUGUCCAUACUAAUAAUUUAGGUGGGAGGAUUUCUUUUGGUUCAAGAAGUUGCAAGUUGGAAGAGCUAAAUUUGUCAUUUAAUCGAUUGGAAGGUGAGAUCCCUGCAGGACUAGGAAAUUGCAGUAGUUUGACGGUCUUUAGUGCUGUUAGCAACAGACUGUCUGGCCAGAUACCAUCUUCAGUUGGUUCCCUGACCAAGCUUACAAAACUUUACCUAUCUGAAAACUCUUUAUCAGGAUCCAUUCCAACAGAGAUAGGGAAAUGUCAAUCACUGACUGCAUUAGAAUUGUAUGAGAACCAGCUGGAAGGGGCUAUUCCAAGGGAACUGGGUGAGUUGAAUAAUUUGACCAAGCUCUUUCUGUUUGAUAAUCACUUGACUGGAGAGGUUCCUAUAGAGAUUUGGCGAAUCCAGAGUCUUGAGCAUGUUCUAAUUUAUGACAACAAUCUCUCUGGGGAGCUGCCUUUGGAGGUGACGGAGUUAAGAAAUCUGAGAAACAUUUCUCUGUUCAAUAAUCAGUUUACAGGUGUCAUACCUCAAGGUCUAGGUAUCAAUAGUAGUUUGGUGCAGAUUGAAUUUACUAACAAUAGCUUUGUUGGUGGAAUACCACCAAAUAUCUGCAUUGGAAAAGAACUUAGAGUUCUCAACUUGGGUUUUAAUAUGCUCAAUGGUAGCAUGCCUGUAGGUCUUGGGAACUGUUCAACUUUGUGGAGGUUGAAUCUCCAUAAUAACAACCUCACAGGUUCCAUUCCAGAAUUUGUGGAAUCUUCUAGCCUGUCAUAUAUGGAUUUAAGUUUCAAUAAUUUGAAUGGGCAUGUUCCUCCUAGCCUGGGAAAUUGUGGAGACGUCACUGUGAUAAACUGGUCAGGGAACAAGCUUGUUGGUCCAAUCCCUCAAGAAAUUGGAAGGCUAGCAAAUCUACAAGUUCUGAAUCUUUCUCACAACAAUUUAUAUGGUAUGUUGCCUCUGGAGAUUUCGCACUGCAGUAGAUUGUAUUUGCUGGAUUUGAGUUUCAAUUCUUUGAAUGGCUCGAUUCCGCCAAGCUUAACAAACUUAACAGUGCUCUCUCGAUUGAUACUGCAAGGCAAUCAGUUCAGUGGAGGGAUUCCAAGUUUCCUGUCACAGUUUGACAGGCUACUGGAGCUGCAGCUUGGGGGAAAUAAAUUGGGAGGCAAUAUCCCUUCACCAUUGGGUGCAUUACGGAAUCUGGAAAUAGCUUUAAACCUCAGUGAAAACAGACUGGCAGGUCAGAUUCCAUCAGAACUAGGGAAUUUGAAAAGAUUACAGAGCUUGGAUUUAUCUCUCAACAAUCUGACAGGAAGCUUAAAAUCCUUGGAUGAUCUCAAUUCGCUGCUUGAAGUGAAUGUUUCAUUUAAUCAAUUUAAAGGUCCACUACCAGACAAAUGGCUGAAGUUUCUUAACUUCUCACCAAGCUCAUUUAUGGGAAAUCCAGACCUUUGUAUCUAUUGUCAGGCUGGUGAGUUGUCUUGCACAAAUACCACUAUUUUAAAACCCUGUGGUCCAUCAAGCAAUUCUAAAGGCCUUAGAAAGAUUAAGACUGCGAUGAUAACUCUUGGUUUGUCACUUGUCGGUGUUCUGGUAUUUCUUUUGUUCGGAUUUGUUCUCUUUAGGUGUAGACAGACAGCAAAAGAGGAAGGGCCAACUUUACAUGAGGGUCCUUCUUUCCUGCUGGAUAAAGUAAUGGAAGCCACUGAGAACUUAAAUGAGAAGUAUGCUUUAGGGAAAGGAGCUCAUGGAACUGUUUACAAGGCUUCGUUGAGCCCAGAAAAAGUUUAUGCUGUAAAAAAGCUUGAUUUUGCAGGCCAGAAGGGAACAAGUUUAAGUAUGGUGAGAGAAAUCCAAACAGUUGGACAAAUCAGGCACAGGAAUCUGGUGAAACUGGCAGACUUCUGGCUGAGAAGCGACUAUGGGUUGAUAUUAUAUGACUACAUGGAGAAUGGAAGCCUUCAUGAUAUCCUACAUGAGAUAAAACCAGCUCCUGUUUUAGAGUGGAAGGUGCGCUACAGAAUAGCUCUUGGAACUGCUCAAGGGCUGGCAUAUCUUCACAAUGACUGUAAUCCAGCUAUUAUUCACCGUGAUAUUAAACCUAAGAACAUACUCUUGGACUCAGAGAUGGAGCCACAUAUCUCAGAUUUUGGCAUUGCCAAGCUCAUGGAUCAACUUUCUGCUUCCCUUCAUUCCACUGCCAUCAUGGGCACCGUUGGUUACAUAUCUCCAGAAACUGCAUUUACAACCAGAAAGAGCAAGGAAUCAGAUGUCUACAGCUAUGGAGUAGUCUUACUUGAAUUGAUAACCAGAAAGAAGGCACUGGAUCCAUCAUUUCCUGAAAAUACGGACAUAGUAAGGUGGGUAAGUUCCAUGUUGAAUGGUGGUGAUAAAAUUGAAGUGGUUGCCGAUCCAGAUCUUAUGCAUGAAGUCGUCGUUGGCUCCAUGGAAAUGGAAGAAGUAUGCAAAGUGCUUUCAUUGGCUAUGAGAUGCACAGCUAAGGAGGCAAGCGAGAGACCCCUGAUGUGGGAUGUCGUUAAAGAGGUAAUGGAUAUCAAGUCCAAAGCUUGUGAUUUGCCUAAACAGGGGAAAUGUGGAUCUGUGGUACCAUAGGUAUUUGCUGGGACUUUUGGGUACUCUCGUCACUUCAUCCCUCAGAUUAUUAAACUGUUGUUAGUGAGUGUUGCAUGAGAUAGUAUGGUGUACAAACACUGAUAAUAUGCAUGAAUCAGAGAGUUUCUGUAUCGUCAUAUUUUGUACUUGACUCUGGAGAUAUGUAGAAACAAAAUCUAAAAUUGCCUUAUUUCAUGGAUGUGAUCAUAUGUGCGGUAUCAGUGUUUCUU